ACUGCACCUGGCCAUGCAGUAGAGUGGCUGAAACAAACUGCAACUGGUUCUUGAGACAAGGGGCUAGACUUUGGAGGUUGUGGUUGGCCACUGAGGCCAGUGCAAGGACUGUUGCUAACCCCCCCCCCCGGAAAGGGGUGAGGAUGGACUAGGGGGCUGUGCCCUGAAGAAGACGCCGCUGAGCAGGGAGCAAUGCAGGUCCAGACACCAGCAAGGAAGAGACGACGGACGGGACACCACCGGCAGAGAGCGCUUCCCAUGAACUGAGCUAAUUCCUGGAGGUAACCAGCGGGAGGUGCUGCUGUGGAGAGUCCCAACCCCGUCAGAGCAUCGCUGGACUAACUUGCAUAAGCAACACGUAUGGUGCAGCAACAGCCGGAGCCACAAUCCAAUCCACAUGGAGAAUUUAUCUCUUGAAGCAUGCAGAAUUGAUUCCUAGCUAACUGGCACCAUGGUGAAGAAGACUGAAAUAAUCAUGCAUUUAGUUUCUCAUGCAAAUUGGACUCUCCAGACAUGCUCCUUAGCAGUCAGCGUCUAUUCUAUACCUGUACAAUGAGAGCACCCCGAGGAAUCUGAAGCAGUGAAGGGCCUGCAAGCCCCAUGAAAAGAGAUGCUGGUUUCCACACAGGUGAUUCUCAUUCUAACAAAGCUCUACGACUUCAACUUGGGGAGCGUUACUGAAAGCUCACUGUGGAGGUCAACAGACUAUGGCACUACCUAUGAAAAGCUAAAUGACAAAGUGGGCCUGAAGACCGUGCUGAGCUACCUUUACGUCAGUCCUACGAACAAGAGGAAGAUAAUGCUCCUGGGCGACCCAGAGAUUGAGAGCAGCAUAUUGAUCAGCUCUGAUGAAGGCGCCACCUAUCAAAAGUACCGGCUGAACUUUUACAUCCAGAGCCUGCUGUUCCACCCCAAGCAGGAGGACUGGAUUCUGGCAUACAGUCUCGAUCAAAAGAUGUAUAGCUCUAUGGAUUUUGGAAGACGCUGGCAGCUAAUGCAUGAGCGGAUCACUCCAAACAGGUUUUACUGGUCCGUAACGGGUUUGGAUAAGGAGCUUGACCUUGUGCACAUGGAAGCCCGGACAGCUGAUGGACACGCCCAUUAUAUAACCUGUCGGAUCCAGGAGUGCUCGGAGACUACCAGAAGUGGACCGUUUUUGCGCUCCAUCGACACCAACUCACUUGUUGUCCAGGAUGAAUAUGUCUUUAUUCAGGUGACGGCUGGUGGAAGAGCGAAUUACUAUGUGUCGUACAAAAGGGAACCCUUCGCUCAAAUUAAAUUGCCCAAAUACUCACUACCAAAGGACAUGCAUAUUAUUAGCACGGAUGAGAAUCAGGUGUUUGCAGCCGUACAGGAGUGGAACCAGAAUGAUACAUACAACCUUUAUAUAUCUGACACCCGAGGGGUCUACUUCACGCUGGCCUUGGAGAAUGUGAAGAGCAGCCGGGGGCUGGAGGGAAACAUCAUCAUUGACCUUUACGAGGUAGCAGGGAUCAAAGGCAUAUUCCUGGCUAAUAAGAAGAUAGAGGACCAGAUAAAGACUUUCAUCACCUACAACAAGGGCAGAGACUGGCGCUUGCUGCAGGCUCCUGACACCGAUCUGAGAGGGGGUCCUCUACACUGCCAGCUGCCUUUUUGUUCCUUGCACCUACAUUUGCAAAUCUCAGAGAAUCCAUACACAUCAGGAAGUAUCUCCAGCAAGGAGACGGCUCCCGGGCUUGUGGUGGCUACAGGCAACGUUGGCUCUGAACUCUCAUAUACCGAUAUCAGCACGUUCAUAUCUUCUGAUGCCGGAAACUCAUGGAGACAGAUCUUCGAGGAAGAAUACAAUGUGUGGUAUCUCGACUGGGGUGGGGCACUUGUGGCUAUGAAGCGCACGUCAAUGCCUAUCCGGCAUCUGUGGGUGAGUUUCGACGAAGGAAGAUCCUGGAAUAAAUAUGCCUUCACCUCGACACCGCUUUUUGUGGAUGGGUCCCUUGUGGAGCCGGGCAUAGAGACGCAGCUAAUGACAAUUUUUGGCCACUUCAGUCUCCGCUCUGAAUGGCAGCUGGUCAAAGUGGACUACAAAUCCAUCUUCAGCAGGAGGUGCAACAAAGAGGACUACCAGACCUGGCACCUGCACAAUCAGGGUGAGCCUUGCGUCAUGGGAGAGAGGAAGAUCUAUAAGAAACGCAAGCCUGGAGCCCAGUGUGCCCUGGGUCGAGACUACUCCAGAACCGUUGUGUCAGAACCUUGUGUCUGUGCCGAAUGGGACUUUGAGUGUGACUAUGGCUAUGAAAGGCACAAUAACAACCAGUGCAUGCCAGCUUUCUGGUUCAACCCAUCCUCCUUGCCAAAAGACUGCAGUCUUGGCCAGAGCUACCUGAACAGCACUGGGUAUCGGAGGAUUGUGUCUAACAAUUGCACGGACGGGCUGCGGGAGAAAUACGUGGCCAGAGCGGAGCAGUGCCCCGGCAAAGCCCCGCGUGGGCUGCACAUCCUCACCUCUGAUGGCAAGCUGCUUGCCCAGCAAGGGCACAACACCACCUUCAUCAUCCUUAUGGAAGAGGGCGAUCUCCAGAGGACAAACAUCCAGCUGGAUUUCGGAGAUGGUAUUGCCAUGUCCUAUGCUAAUUUCAGCCCCAUAGAAGAGGGCAUCAGGCACGUUUAUAAGAGCGCUGGGAUCUUUCAGGUGACGGCCUAUGCGGAAAACAGCCUGGGCUCCGACACUGCUGUCCUCUUCCUACAUGUGGUCUGUCCAGUGGAGCAUGUCCAUCUGAACGUACCCUUCGUUGCCAUUAGGAAUAAGGAAGUCAACCUUACCGCAGUGGUGUGGCCAAGUCAAUCGGGCACCCUUACCUACUUCUGGUGGUUUGGUAACAGCACCAAGCCCCUCAUCACCCUGGAAAGCAGCGUCUCCUACACCUUCGCCACCGAGGGGACGAACACCAUCACGGUGCAGGUCUCCGCUGGGAGUGCCCUCCUCCAGGACACCAAGGACAUCGCCGUGCAUGAGUAUUUCCAGUCUCAGCUCUUGUCGUUUUCUCCUAAUCUGGAUUACCACAAUCCUGACAUCCCCGAGUGGAGACAAGACAUUAGCAAAGUGAUCAAGCGAGCUCUAGUGCAGGUGACUGGCAUCCCUGAUGAGCAGAUUUUGGUGGCAGUAUUUCCUGGCCUGCCCACCUCCGCUGAGCUCUUCAUACUACCCCACAAAAACACGACGGAGAGGAGGAAAGGCCAUGAAGGCGAUCUGGAGCAGGUUGUUGAACUCCUCUUUAAUGCUCUCAACCAGAACCUGGUCCAGUUUGAGCUGAAGCCUGGCGUCGAAGUCAUCGCGUACGUCACUCAGUUGACGUUAGCGCCGCUCGUGGACUCCAGCACCGGGCACAGCAGUUCGGCGAUGUUGAUGUUGUUGUCUGUGGUCUUUGUCGGCUUGGCUGUUUUUUUAAUCUACAAAUUUAAAAGGAAAAUCCCGUGGGUUAACAUCUACGCUCAAGUCCAGCACGACAAGGAACAGGAGAUGAUUGGUUCCGUCAGCCAAAGCGAAAGUGCCCCCAAGAUCGCGCUGAGUGAGUUCACUGACCCUGAGGAGCUAAUGGAGAAAGAACUGGAUACACGGGUUAUAGGAAGCAUCUCAACAAUUGCUAACAGCGAAAGCACAAAGGAAAUCCCCAACUGCACUAGUGUUUAAUAGCGAGAAUCCACUUGGUCUACAGCAUUUCUGGCUUUUUAUUUGUAAUUAUUAU